CUGCCCGCUUGUUUGUAAUUUAACCUAUGCUGGGUUGUUUCAAACUUUCAAUCCAAAAUGCUGAGUUGUUUUGUGGGUUAAUUUAACCCAGUUAAAAAUAACCCAGGAUUUUUAAGUCAAUGGAAAGUUCCACAAGGAAAACAACCCUGCAUGUGUGUUUAUAUGCAGGAGUGUCAGGCAGGGCUGAACUUUGCUAAAGAGGAGGAUGCCAAGCAGUUUUAUAUUGCUGUGCAGAAGCAGAUCAGCGACAGUAAAGCGCACCCGGUACUUGUACGCAGUUACUCGGUUUCUGGAUUGAAAGAGAAACUUGAAAACUCUCUUGGUGACUUCAAAGAGUUUAAGAGGCAACCUUUCAGUGGUGAAUCUGAACCUCCACACCAUGUUGAUUCAGAGGAAACGCUCCCGUGGAUCAAUCCUGCAGUUUCUCACACAAUGCCCAGUCAGGCGUGUGACUCUUCACAGACUCUCUCCUCUGAUGAAGACUCCAUGUCACUCGCCAAGAGAAAGGGACCCCUCCCACCUAUUCCUCUUCAUGCUAGAGCAGCCAUGAUAAAGCUAAAAUUACAAAGUGGAAGGAUGCAAAACUCAGUUUCAUCCACCAUGUCCAACAGUAUACCAGGGGUGCCACCUCCUCCGGCCUUCACCGCACCCAAAGUCCCGCUAAAUCCAACUGUUUUAAAAAAAAGUGCAAGCUUUGCACCGGUUAAAGAUUUCUCCUCGGGUGCAGUAAAGCGUUUUCAAAGUUUUCAUGUUAACGCUGACAUGCAGGGAGAAUCUAGUUCUGGAAAUUACCAGUAAAAUCAUCUUUCCCUCCAUCACUGUGGCACAGCAUUAAUAUCAGAAGAAUUUACUCAAAUGAAAUAGUCAUGAUACUUUAACUAUCUUUUAUAUAGAGUUUAUAGAGAAUAUGUUUAUGUACUCAUUUAUAUAACAAAAACAGCUCAGGUAGAAAUAUAUUGCCAAUUGAAUAAUGUUUUGAUUCUCUGUAAAUAAAAUCUGUCACUGUUUUUUUUAAUUAACAGUUUUGAAAAGUUUAUCAAUACAGUGACUUUUUGUUUAUUUGCAUGAGUACAACAAAAUGUUUGUGAUUUGAUGACCUGCGUAUUCGAUGACAACAUCAUUUUUGCAUGUUAGUGACUAAUGAAUGAAUGCCUUGUAAAUUUCUACACCCAAUAAAAGAUGAUGACAUAAAGGCAUAUCCCAUUCUGGCCUUGGGGUCAUAAUUUGAGAUGACUUUUUUAAAGAUACUGUAUCAAUGGAAUGUGUUUAA